AUGGGUGAAUCAAGACAAGAACUCCUUAACUGGGUAAACAACCUUUUGCAGCUUAACAUCACCCGUAUAGAGCAAUGUGGAACUGGUGCCGCCCUGUGCCAGAUCAUGGAUUCGAUUUAUGGGGAUGUGCCUAUGUCGAAAGUCAAGUUCAACGUUAACACCGAAUACGCGUACCUACAAAACUACAAGAUCCUCACGAAUGUUUUUACGUCGCAUCAGAUCGAGAGGCCAAUCCCGGUCGAGCGUCUAGUCAAGUGUAAAUUUCAAGAUAAUCUCGAGUUUUUGCAGUGGACGAAGCGGUAUUGGGAUCAGUUUUAUCCCGGCGGAGACUAUGAUGCGGUCGGUCGUAGGGCGAAAGCGGGUACAAUGGGGGCAGGACCGCCUGCGCCUGCUGCUAGGUCAAAUGCAGCAGUAAAGCGUGGAACUACGCCAACUGUUGGAGGAGCUGCCCGUACCAGGACUCCCCUUGGCGGCGCUAACAGCGCUGCCCUCCAACAAGAAGUCGCCUCGUUGAAGGAGAAUGUUACCGGCCUCGAGAGGGAAAGGGAUUUUUACUUCAGUAAACUGAGAGACAUCGAGUUGCUGGUUCAGCGCGCAGUUGAGGAAACUCCGGAGAUUGAACAGGAUGAGGACGGCCUUGUCAGGCACAUCCAAGCUAUUUUGUACUCGACAGAGGAUGGCUUUGAGAUACCUGAUGCGGUUGAAGAAGACGCUGAAACCUUCUAA